AUGCCGAUACCAUCUGUCAAGGGCCUAUUCGGCCGUUCGAAAAGGGGCCAGCAGACGACAUAUCCUGACGGCCCCGACAUGCAAGGUAGAUCCGCUGAAAAAGAUGAUCUUCAGAAGGAUGGGAGUGGCAACGAGAAGGUCAGGCUUUUUCGGCCCUACACCUUUGCAGUCGUUUUGAUUGUGUCCCUGGGAGGCUUGAUUUUCGGAUUCGACACUGGUCAAAUCAGCGGAUUCCUUGAGAUGGAGGACUUUCUCGAGCGAUUCCACGACCAAGGAACUUCCUCAGACCCAAUGUCCCCGGAUUAUUAUUCCUUCUCCAACGUUGUAUCCGGGACGAUUGUUGGAUUGCUGUCCAUUGGCACACUGUUCGGCGCACUGCUUUCUGCUCCCGUAGCCGAUAGGUUCGGACGCCGCGUUUGCAUUGUCUUCUGGAAUGCCAUGUUCGUAAUAGGAGUCAUUAUCCAAAUGACUUCUACAAGGGCGUGGUAUCAAGUUGCUCUUGGUCGUUGGGUUGCUGGUCUCGGCGUUGGAGGUCUGUCUGUGCUCACGCCCAUGUAUCAGUCCGAGACUGCUCCACGCCAAAUCCGUGGCUCCAUGGUCGGUUGCUAUCAGCUCUUCAUCACGCUCGGUAUCUUCAUCGCCUAUGCUAUCAACUAUCGCACAGAGCGGAUAAGGGGCAAUGAUGGKGCGUCUUGGAGGAUUCCAAUGGGUGUUGGAUUCAUCUGGCCACUUCUUAUGGUCAUUGGUAUAGCAUUCUUGCCCGAAAGUCCGCGCUGGGACUAUCGUCACAACAACAUUGAGCGUGCGCGCCGAACCAUCUCCCGAUCAUACGGCGUCCCCAUCAACCACUGGGAGGUCGAACGAGAAAUGCGAGAGAUCAAGGAAAAGUACGAUGCUGAAUUUGCGGGCGGUGGCAAACAUGUUUGGUAUGAGAUCUUCACCGGUCCUCGUAUGGCAUACAGGACGCUCCUCGGGGUGACUCUCCAGGCGCUUCAACAGCUUACAGGAGCGAACUUUUUCUUCUAUUUCGGCACCACCAUCUUCCGAUCCGUCGGGAUCGACUCUUACAUCACCUCCAUGAUCUUGGGCGCAGUCAACUUUGUGAUGACCUUCCCCGGAAUCCUGUUAGUGGUCGAAAAGGCUGGACGACGCAAGGCUCUCAUGUGGGGCGCGGGCUGGAUGUUCAUGUGCUUUAUGGUCUUCAGCUCGGUCGGUCACUUUGCGUUGGAUCAGAUUGACCCAUCGCGAACACCACAAGCAGGGACAGUUAUGAUCGUCUUCGCGUGUUUGUUCAUCGCUGGCUAUGCCAUGACGUGGGGUCCAGUGAUCUGGGUUGUCGUAGGAGAGCUGUUUCCAACUCGCUAUCGCACUAUGUGCAUGGGAAUAUCAUCCGCUUCGAACUGGAUUUGGAAUUUCCUCAUCUCGUUCUUCACAUCCUUCAUCACCGCCUCCAUCGAUUAUCAGUACGGCUACAUCUUCGCCGCGUGCUGUGCCGUGAGUAUUCCCGUGGUUUACUUCUUCCUGGAAGAACACCAAGGCCGGACACUCGAAGAGAUCGAAACGAUGUAUCUUCUGCAUGUCCCGCCACCAAAGAGCUCAAAAUGGAUUGCACCAGAAGGCGAGGACCUCGUGACUGCGGACAAUCUCUACCUAGAUCGUGGCGCGAGAAGCAUCCGCAAGCAGGAUGCCGCUGGUAUGGAGGGGGAACAAAGAUUGGAGAAGAUCCCGUCUGCAACGGCUGAGCAUGGCAUUCACGACGUAUCAGGCUCGGCUGUUCCUGAGUCGUCCGGUGCGCGUGGUGCUUCGAUUUCAGGAUAA